AUGUUCUUCCAGAUAGUGCUGCUGGCUGUGAAUAGCUCUUUAUCGGCCGUUGCGUCAACCCUGCCACCGGUCUACCCUGCUGAUGCUGCUGCCGCUUUCCCAACCGAAGACGGCCUAUCCCGGAUUCCGCCACUGGACGAGCCGCCACUUCAGGUGAUGACGCGCUUCUUCGUCUGGCAACGUGCUACGCUGUCAGCUGACCCGGAACCUUUAAAGCGCGGGGAUUCCAGCGGAGACACGGGCCACGGCAUCGCUGAUUCAAUGCCGUGUCACUCACCCAUCAUGUUCUUCCAGCUGUUCAACGAAAAGGAAGUUGAAACAGUCAUGGCCAACGGCUUCAAGCUGAAAAACACGACAUUCAGCGUUUCCCGUGACUACUCAGAAGCUGUUCGCGAUAUCCGACAGCUGAGCAGGCGCUGGAGCUCGACAAGGUCGGAACCCGAGCCUGAUCGACGUUCAUCGGGCCUUCUCGGCUACCUGAUGCCGUUCUACCUGUGCCCAGUACUUUACCCUGGCACCAAGGUUGGUUGCGUCGUGAAAGCGAAAGUCGGUCCGCGCACCGUCAGGGUUCAUGCAAAUCCGAAAGAGCAGCUCGCUACCACGCAGGAGAGCAAAUGCUUCUACUGCGUCCUGGUGAUGAUGUCCUGGUGGCUGCUGCGUGCCAUGCCCAAACCUGUGCUGGCCUUUCUGCCCGCCAUCGCUCUGCCCUUGCUCGGAAUCAUGGGACACGAACAGAUCGCCUCCAACUACCUCUCGAUGGACGUGCUGACGGCGGCGCUGCUGCUUUGGCUGGUCCUGGCGGGCGACGACACGGCGACCGUGGGUCGGCUCAGCUGCGCGCUGGUCGGCCGCUUCGGAGGCCGCGCACGGCCCGUGCUGGCCAUCCUCACGGCCGUCACGUUCCUGGCCUCGCUGGUGCUGCCGCAGAGCCUGGUCGCUGUGCUUGUCACGUGCCUCGCCGAGCGGGUCUGCAAGUUCGAGCGCGAGCACGGACUCCAGGACGUUCAGCGAUGCCUGGAGAGCGCUGCGGCUGAUGAUGCGGUGGGGCACUCGACCGAGGUGGACACAUUGUUGCUGUACGAGGAACUUGCUGUUGCCCUCUGGAAGCGUCAUCGUGCGGGCCUCGACGAUCCGGACCCCACAGAGUGCUGGGACGCCAAUGACACCGCUGGACACUGCGCCAAGCAACCGAAUUUCGGGGCCCUGCGACGCAAGGCGUCCAUCCUGAAGCAGCCUAAGAGGACCAUCAUGAAGGAAGUGCGGCGCGUCUCUCUCUUGACAGGCAAUGAAGAAGUCGCGCCAAGCGCUGCUAGCGGACCCAGGUUUGCAGCCGUUCCAGCCGAUGAGCUCCAGACCCCGCCGCAAGCGGAACAACCGGAGGGCAAACAGCCCGAAGGCAAACAACCCGAAGACGAAGGGCCCCAAGGCAAGCACCACAAGGGCAAGCAUCCUGCAGGCAGGAAGCUACGGACUAAAGUGUUCGGCUCCAGGAGGCACCGCCGCCAAUCGUUCGCCGAAAAGGCGCACGUCUUCAAGGACAGCGAUCGGUUCCACGUGCCCCAGGACCAACGCCACGAGGUGCCACCUCCUCCACGGCACUUGCUCGACGCCAGCACCAGACGACCCUCAGCCGCCGCCAGGUUGCAGGCCACGGGCUUACCUGUAACCGUAGGAGCUGGACCACCUGCGGCUGGGGCGGUCACCGCAUUCGGGCCGCCUAGCCGCACGUCAUCGCAGGGCAGCAUGGCACCUGGCGUGCGCAUCUCAGGCUCGUCGAUUGACUCGCAGGCCCAGGUACUGAAUCUCGCUGUUUCGACGGACGCGGCGCGAAAUGGCUGCCUCUCGCACGCCGGCAGUGGCGCUCGCUUCUCGCUUCCGGGGCGCCAGCCUCGGAUCCUGAUCCGCCACCAGAACCAGGUGGUGCUGCCCGGCCGCGAGUCUCCGAAGCGCGCCGGCCAGUUCCAGCGGUUUCGCGCAGACGACCGGUCUCUCGUGGCCGCCGUCACGUCGUCGUUCCGUUCCAAGGAACCAGACGAACCCGAGGACCACGAAGAACGACAGUUGCAGCGUAACCAGAAGGUUCUGGCGGCUCUCUGCGUGUGCGGCAACAUGACCAGCGUGGCGGGAAGCAUCGCCAGCUAUUGGUUCAUGCCGGGCGCAGAAGCUAUCGCCGCCAACAUGGACAGCUCGUCGCUGUCCUUCUGGAGCUGGACGCUGAUCACGCUGCCAGUGUCCCUGGCUGCGUCGGCGCUCUCCUCCGUCUGCGUCUACUACGGAAGCCUGCAAGCCCAUGAUAACCAGCUCAACGCCCAAGCAGAGGAGAUAAUCUGCUGCUACGCCAGGCUGAGGCUGAACAGACUGGAAAAAUGCAGGUUCUUCGAACUACUAAAUAUACUGUUUUGGAUUGGAUACUCUGGAACUAUACUCGGAUGCAGAUUCGUACAAAGACAGGACCUGAGCACGUGCUUUCUCGGCGCAAUCGUCCUGCUGGCGUCGGCGGCGCUGCCCCGAGCCGGAAGUCGAGCCGCGAGGCCGAGCCCGAGUCAGUUUCGGGCCAAGGUGGACGUGGACGGUGACGAGACGCCCGAUUUCGACGCUUCGCAGUGCCUCGCGUCGGUCGCGAGCCGGCUGCCGUGGGGGGUCAUCGUCGUCUACGGCGCCGCAUCGGUCAUCACGCGAGUCGCCGAGACCACGGGCCUGGCCAAGGUGGCGUUCGACAACCAGUUCUGGAGCCAGCAGUCAGACCUGGUGAAGCAGGUGCUCCUCACCGUCGCCUCGUCGCUCAUGGCCGAGUUCAUGACCGCGGCCGCGCUGUGCAACGCCAUCUUGCCCAUCGUCAUCAACCUUUCCACGGACGCGGAGCACGACGCCCUCUACUUCGGUCUGCCGGUGGCGGUGGGCGCCUCGGUGAACACCAUCCUGCCAGUGUCCCUGCCGCUCGUCAUGCUCCACGAUAUGGCACCGGUCACACGCAAGCAGCUG